CGCGAGAAGUAGCUGCUGCGUCACUUCCAUUGUAGCGGCGGGUGAUUCGAACGGGGCUUGGCGGCGGGUUCCAGCCCGCGCGGCGCGGAGCGGACAGGCCCACGGAUGGCGGGCGGGGGCCAGAGGCGGACCCGGUCUGCGGGCGCGGCCCCAGCGGGGAGCAGAGCCCGGGGGGACGCUGUCUCCCCUCCUCCGAGGCGCAGGUCCGAGAGGAUUGCAGGGUCUCCUACCAGGCGUGAUUCCCAGAGGAAACCUUUGGUGGAGAAGAAGAUGGUGGGGAGCCCACUUCCAGCUCCAGUGGUGAAGCGAUCGAUCAUGGUGAAAAAGAUCAUGCCCCGAAAACAGCAGCCUGCUGUUGCUUUGACUGAAGCAGAACAAACCCCAUGCAUGACUGGUACUGCUUGGACUCCACGGCGCAGCCCCAGGAUCUCCCAGAAGGCAGGAAAGGAGAACUUCCCAGUGGAAAGCAGCGAGGCCAAAGGCUGUGGAAGCACUGAUGCUAACCCAGUCUUAGCAUCAUCUCUCCCUGCCAAUGCCUCAGGCCUGGUGGAGAAGGCUGCCCUGUCUACAGUUAGCAUCAAUGUAUGUGACUCUCCUCAGGAUGAGAGGGAUGUGCUGAUGUCUAAGAAAGUGCGCCGAUCCUACAGCCGCUUGGAUGCCUCACCCAGCUUGGACAUGUCCACACCCACAUUCACCCAGAAGAAGUGCUCACUCUUUGGCUUUGAGAAGCUCCUAGUGCCUGAUGCACUGGCCGAUGUGUCUCCAGUGGGUAAGGUUUCCCCUGCCCAGGAGACUCCAGUGGAGCCCAAUGCCUUGGGCUCCACUAAGGAAUGGGACACAAACAUUCCUGGCAUCUCCUUCCCCAAAGAGAAACGGAAGAAAAGGAGGAUCCCCCAGAUUGAUAAAUCUGAACUGGAUGAGUGGGCUGCUCAAAUGAAUGCACAGUUUGAAGAAGCAGAGCAGUUUGAUCUUCUUGUGGAAUGAAGCCUCUCCCCAGUAACCUGCAUUAUUCUUUUGUACAUAGAGCUGAUGUGUUGUUUUUUCAGUCUAAAAAUUAAUAAAAUAGUUGUGUCUGUC